AUGGAAAUUUAUGUUAACCAUAUUCACAGAAAGAAAUUACCUUCUUAUGUGUUCCCAGAGGGUUAUAUAAAAAGCCAGCAUCCUAGUAUCAUUAGCCAGCUAGUGGUUGAUAAGGCACCUCGAGAAGGUGGUGAGGAUAGCGGGUUAGGACUUUCUGAAAGACGCCAAAAAAGAAGGGAUCUUUCUGGUUUGGAAGUGAAAGAAGAAAGACUGGAGAAAAGGCAAUCUAUUAGCUUUCAGAUGCAAAGUUCAGUCUCUCCUGAACUUUUUUGUUCAAGUAGUGGGUAUACAUUGAAAGACUGUUCCUCUAUAUUGUCUGAAAUGAAGAAAGAAAGGGAUGCAGUGAAUGGAUCUUGCCUGCUCAACAUUGGAAUGACCGCUGUCGGAAACAAAGAAAGAAAGGAUGGAGUGCAUGGAUCUUGCCAGCUUAACGUUGAACUGACUCCUAAUGGCACAAAUGGGAUGGUUCUCAUAUCUGGAGCUGCAGUUGGUUCAGAACCUGUUCAGAAGGCUGUGACGAGCAGGUUAGUCUGUCUUCAACUGCCUGAAAAGGUCGAUCCUACAAUGGAAAUACCAAGGUACUUCAAUCUUGAAGAACGGGAAAAUAAGCAGUUGCAAGUCGAAGGGUGCUCACUGGUUGCUUAG